UGCUUAAUGUCACUAGACAAAUGGCAAUUGUUUCUAGUUAAAAAAAUAAUUUGUGUAAAUUCCUUCAAAAAAUCUUUAAUGUUAGCAAUUGUUAUGUAAAAUUAAUUAAGUUUAUAAUUAAAAAAUAAACAAUUAUUGUUUGGAAUGCAUAAGCGAAUCUUCAAGAAAAAUCUGUUGAUUUGACAUGCUUCGAGUGGAUAGGCGAGUUCUUGCUGACACAAUGUAUUCUAUUUCGGAAUAAUUUUUAGAAGAGCUUGAUAUUUAAAAAAGAUUUUUAAAGUUUUGUUAUUUUUCCCUAUAUUGUAAUAAUUGAAUAAGAAGUCAGUUAUUAAUCUAUCGAAAAUACGCUUCAAAUGGAAUUAUGAUUUCAUACAUUGUUUAACAUCAACAAAUCUUUGAAGAAAGUUUCAAGUUUGACGUGUCUGUACUAUUUUAUAAAACGAAACAUAAAGAAAUCAGGAUGUAUUGAAAUCGAAAUUUUUGUUUAGGUGCGUUGGAACAUACGUAGUGCUGCUGUUCAUCUCUUCAAGUACAAGUUUCUCUAUGAUGUUUUCAUCAGGUCUUAGCUGUAAUCUCUCCUUUCCCAGUUGUCUGGGAUACCCCCAAGAUAGCGAAGAACUACUACCAAAAAUGGCUCGCGAGCCAAUAACUCUUAAUGUUUAUGAUAUGUAUUGGAUAAAUGAAUAUACCACACCUAUAGGAUUAGGUGUGUUCCAUUCUGGAGUAGAAAUUUAUGGAACAGAAUAUGCAUAUGGAGGACACUCAAAGCCAAUUUCUGGUAUUUUUGAAAUCACACCUCGAGCUGCAGAAGAAUUAGGGGAGCAAUUUAGAUAUAGGCAGUCUGUACAUAUUGGAUAUACAGACUUCACAGAAGAAGAUGUGAGCAGGAUUGUUAACGAAUUAGGAAAAGAUUUUAGGGGUGAUCGAUAUCAUCUAAUGAAUAAAAAUUGUAACCACUUUAGUAGCCAACUUACUCUUAUUUUAUGUGGCCGGGAGAUACCUGGCUGGGUAAAUCGUCUUGCAUAUUUUAGUUCUUGUGUACCAUUCCUUCAACGCUGUUUACCAAAAGAGUGGUUAACACCUGAUGCGCUACAACAUUCUUUGAGCCAAGUCAGCUAUCAUGAAAGUACACCACCAUCUGAUACCUCCUUGUAACAUAUGGCUAAUUCUAUGGAAAGAGGAGGUUUAAAAUGUCGUAGGAGUUAUACCUUCUAGAAAAUUUAUGCAACAAGUAAAGGAAGAUUAUCUUCAAAAUGAGUAUAUAUAUAUAUAUGUAUAUAUACAUAUAUAUAUACAUAUAUAUAUAUAUAUAUAUGUAUAUACAUAUAUAUAUAUAUAAUAUAUAUCUAUAAUAUAUAUUAUAUAUAUAUAAUAUAUAUCGCCAGGAUCAUGGAAUCCAAGAAACAGAACCGUCAAGAUGAGGUACAAAUUUAAUAUUGUACUGCUGAAUUCCACUGGUGAUUAAUAGUACUGAAAGAAUUGCCUUUCUUGCAACAUGUCGUCUUCUAAACAUUGGACGGCAGUAUACAAUGUCGCGUGUGUUCUCUGUUGUAUUAUACAGUCGAAGUUUAAUAGACAUAAUUGAUAGAUAAUUAUGUAUAAAUCAAAGCCAUAAAGAGACUGGAAUUUAUUUAUUUAUUGGUCGAUCACAGUACUCUCUCAAAAAAUUUUCUGUGGCUGAGAUUUUAUAUAUGCUAGUGAUUUAUAUUAAUGUUUUAUAUUUUAACCUGCAUUUAAAAACUAAUAUUCAUGAAGGCACAUUAGAAUACAUUACCUCGGUAGUGGAAAUUAUAUUAUUACUCAUUUAAAUUAUUCAUUAUACGUUAGAAAAUAUUCUACGAUUUUUCUUCCAAAUAUUUUAUCAAUUCGAUUUACUUUAUAUUAUUUAUACAUGCGACACUUCUCUGUACAGCUGCCAUUACUAUUGUUAGGAAGUUUAAAUGAAUAAUGAAUUUAAUAUUGACAUUCAUACUUAAUAAAUAAUGAAGUUACAUUCUUCAUGUAUGAUUUAACAAAAAAAAUAUGGUUUCUAUAAGUACUUUUAUAAACAAAGGAACACGUUUAUAAUUUUAGAAUUAAGAUGUUCUGAGUCAACGAUUAUACACCAUAUGAAUGUCAAAUUUUGUAAAAGUGCUCUUGAAUUUUGCACACCAUAGGAUUAAACGCAGAAGCAUUAUAAUUUCAGAGGCUUUUGCCGUGUUUGUAAUUGAAUGAGUUUUUUUGUCAAACAUUCACAGUAUACAGAAAGAAUUACUGAUGUUGCUAAAACUGUUGUUGAUGUCAAAUUUAUAAUGUUACACGUUAAGAAGAAAUUCAUAAGCAAUUUGAAUAUGAUAUCAAUAUUUGAAAAGAAACUAAAUUCUAUUAGAUAUUUCAUAUGCAUAAAUUAUAACGUAAAAAUGCAGCAACAAGUAGUGCCAAUCUAAUCUUGUUUUUAUUUUAACUUUGAUAAAUAUCAUUAAAAAUUCACAUGUUGCAUACAAUUGAAAUAGAUGUUAUCAAUCAUAAAUAAUCUGUUAUAUAGAAUGUUAUCGCGUGAACAUCUCUUUCACAGGAUGAUUUCUAGAAAACCUCAAAUGUAUACAACAGUUAUAUUCAAAAUAAUUUUUCCAUUGUGUCUUCUAUAAAAAAAAUCUCAGCAUUGAAAGUGUUAAGUACAUAUUUGUUUUAUUAACUAAAUUAUACACAAUCUCUUUUUGAAAUAAAACUUUAAGUUUGGAAUACUAGAGUUAUUUAAAUUCAUGUGCUUCUGUACGAUACACUUAAUGUAUUUUUCUUAUUAAUAUUUACAAGAAAGAUAUUAAAAAUAAAAAUUAAUUGUUACCCAUAUGUAUAGAUCCGAGUAUAUUAGGUUUUAUAUUCGUUACUGAUACUUACGUAUUAAUAUAAUGUCAUAAAAGUUACUUUCUCAACAUAGAAGACAGUGUAGCAUAAUAAAAUAAUGAAGUAUACAAAGCACAAUA